AUGCUGGUCGUCGCGCAAGGAAUGUCGCGUAUGUUCCGCCAGGACCCUCGAAGGAACAUGUCGGUGAACCAGUCUCUGAUUCGUCAGAGAUUUCGGUUCACCGAUGAACAGCUGGACUGGAUCACGGACUUGUUGAGUCCCAUGCUGGGCCGCGACGACCAGCAACCGUGGGCGAUAAGUAAGAGGAUGCAGGUGUGCAUAGGUAUCCGUUACCUAUGCACUAAUGCAUUCCAAGUCGUUGUUGGUGACACCGCUGGAUGUUCCCAGAAAACGGUGUCAAACAUCGUGCAACGCUACAUUAGAUUUAAGCCCGAGCCCGAGGCCCGAUCCAACGAAUUUGCGAGGACUGGGAGGAUGUCCAAUGUGAUCGGUGCUGUGGAUGGCACACUGGUCCGGAUAAGGACUCCAGCUGUUGACGGGUUUCAGUACGUGAGCAGGAAAGGAACAUCUUGCCUCAACGUCUGCAUCAUCGCAGACGCUGUUGGCCGAAUCCUGUACGUCAACAGUGGGUCCCCGGAUCAGUGCAUGAUGCCGCUGUUUGGCGUAACUCCGCACCUGCUGCGGCCUUCAAUCGUGGAGUAA